AGGCACCGCAUGCUCACAAACCUGUCAAUUUGGCAGUGGGAAAAGCGAAACAAACAACAACAAUACCAACAGUAGAUAAACAAAUUCUCCAAGUCGCCCUGUUUUGCGAUAAAAACCGGAAAAAGAACCGAAAUUACAUAGAAAUGUGGUAGUUUCGGUUAUGCAAGUGUUGGGCACGUUUCAAUUUUAGCCUUUUAUCUUGUAAGCAAUAGUUCAUUUAGCAAAUAAAUUACUCAACCCAUAGCCCGUGCAAGAUAACACAACGAAUCAAAACAUGAAACUGGCAAUAAGUAUAGGAGUGGCCGCAGCGGUCCGCUUUCUGCUGAUGAACUCUCGCUACUCCCAAGGGAUACAGAACCGUGUCGAAGUAUCCACUCCGAUAAACGCAUGGAAACGAGUCGAGGAAGGUGCAUAUCUAUACGCGAACGGAGUGAAUCCGUACGAUGGCGACGUGUACCAUAAAAAUCCCAUCAUACUGCACGCAUCCCGCUGGCUGCUGGAUAAUGUCCCAAGUGCCAUACCAUCGCUCUUCAUCCUGCUGGACGUGCUCACCGGGAUCCUGCUACUGCUCGCCGCCCGUGUAUUCAUCCGUGAAAUGUACGAAAAACAACGGAAAGAAAAGGAAAAGUACGCGAAGGAUACGGACGAGCUUCAUCUUGUGGAAACCGAUCUUCGGACGGUACCGAUGUCGGUUGGGUUUGCUUACCUGUUCAAUCCGUACACGAUCCUUAACUGUGUCGGACAGACAACGACCGUGUGGAGUAACUUCUUGCUGGCUGCGUUCCUGUACGGACUUUCGCGUCGUGCGCGACUGUUAAGCUUUCUGGCACUGGCACUCGAAACGCAGAUUAAUCUGUACCCGUUUGUGUUGCUCGCACCGGGAGCACUGCACAUUGCCAAUCAUCAGCAGAAUGGUAGCCGGUUCAGCAGUAUAGCGACCAGCUGCGCAUUGUUUUUAGGCUUAUUUUUAGGAGUUAAUUACUUCGGCAGCUUUCUGAUGGGAGGUGACUGGAGUUUCCUCGAUGCUACGUACGGCUUCAUCAUCAACUGCCGUAGCUUGCAGCCAAAUAUAGGGUUGUUCUGGUACUUUUUCACCGAAAUGUUCGACCACUUCCGGACGCUGUUCCUGUACUCGUUCCAGAUAAACGCCACCUUGCUGUAUCUGUUUCCACUCACGUUCAAACUGCACAAGGAACCGAUCAUGCUGGCCACGAUGCUGAUCGGGCUGGCGGCUGUAUUUCGAUCGUAUCCGUGCGUUGGCGACGUUAGCUUCUAUCUCGCCCUUAUUCCGCUAUGGAAAUCGAUCUCCAUGUUCAUGAAGAACAAUUUCAUCGUAGGAGCAACGAUGCUGGUCACGAGUGUGCUGGCCCCGACCGUGUGGCAUCUGUGGAUCUACAACAAUUCCGCCAACGCCAACUUUUACUUCGGCGUGACGUUAAUCUUCUGCACAGCUCAGAUUUUCCUCAUAACCGAUCUCUUCUUUGGGUACAUUAAGCGCGAGUUCUGCCUAAAGCACGGCAUCCGUGUGUUGGUGGACGGCAAGGAGGCCCGAAUUACGUUGGAGUAUUAGCAGAAAUCAGAACUAAGUCAGUCACUCGUGUUUGUUAGCGUAGGUAAGGGAACGUGCAGCAGCUGUAAAGAAAGCUUAUAGAAACAAAACGAAAGAAUAAAUAAAUUUAAACAAAAUUUUCGGCACAGAAAAGCUAACACAGUUUAACAAACCCGGUGGAUGUUUUUUUGAUCACAAAUCUUAUUUAUUGAUACCAAUAAAAGCCAUUUGCAUUUUUCACAGAUUUUUAGAUUUUUUUUGUCGUCCCUUCUUCGCGUUUGUUUGAAUUUUCUUAUUCCAUUUUUUUUCUCUGACCUUCGCUCCUUCGCUCGCGUCACCUUUCCUUCCUUCCCACCACACCCACAAAUCCCCGUUCGGUUUCGGCGGAAUAAUUUAAUCGUUAUAUAAAUAAGUUAAUAGUCAUUUUGUAGCAGUGUGUGCUUUUCUUGUCUCGCCAACAUGGGAGUUGUAACGUUAUGCCUCUCGAGUUCGGCCUGUGAGGACACCCACCACCAACCAAAACACCACUUUUCCACCUUUUCUCCAUUUUCUCGUUAACUUCGGGCAAAACAACGAAAUUCUUCUCCCAUAUGGCAUGACCUUUCUUCCCGUGUGUGGUGAGUAGUGUGUCGGUGAUAGAAUUAAACCCCAAAGUUAUGACAAUUUGCAAGGAGCUGGAUGCCAUCUUGAAGGGUGUACGCAGCAAUAUAGAGACAUUGGCCAAGCUCAAGUAUCCUCGCGUUUAAGUAUAUCAAGAUCCAUCAUGUGGAGGGAAGUAUCCACAAGAUGAGAUCAGAACAAUGAUCUUACUCUUUUAUCCGCAGAGAUAAAAAAAAUCACCCAGUCAACUGAGAACCGGACAGUUACUGAAGCCAUUGUUUCUGGGAAUGGGGAAAAGGAUCAUUAAGGUUUCGGUCUUGGACCUCUCGGAGCGGAAACUACUCCGCUAUCCUAAAGUGAUAGGAUCCUUGAUGCGGAGAUCAUCAUAUAUCUAUUACAAUCUUUGAGGUCCUAAACAGCAGUAGAAAUUCUUUCAGUCAAACUCCUAUAGCUGCCAAUCCAAUAUCCCGACUAGCGAAUACAUCAACGCUUUGCAAUUGCAAUAACUGCACAAAAGCAUACGUACAAUCUCAUAAGGCUUGUCUCCCAAGGCUCAACGACAUAUAAGAGUACUUUGACUGUUAAUGAUCUACAGAGCGAACUCAGGCGAAUUGCAACAUCUAGGUCCUCUUCGAAGUUUCCAUCUCCAAGUCUCUGCUGGUACUCUCUAGCACGCGCCAGAAAGUAGAACCUCCAAAAAAUUCAAGGUCACCCAUACGGACCCUCCCUUCCAUCCUGUUUGACCUUCACACGCACAAUUUAUAGCCAGAUCAGUUCUGCAACGAACCAUCCCUCUGUUUUCUAGGAACAAAAAGGGCUCUUCGUCAUGACCCCUUUAGGUUAGGUUUCCUUCAUCCUUUUUGAACGUUGUGAUCACAACUUGACUAACAAAAGGGGAAAAUGCUACGGGGUGAGAAUUCAUACGCACAGGACACACACACACACAACAUAAAAAUAUAAGGCCGUUUUGCACAAACUCAACAAAUCCCACCCAUUAUUUUCGCUCGCGUAUUUGGCUUGGCCCUGGAUUGGUACUUUUAACGAGCAUACAAUCAGUCACUCACAUUUCCGAUCCCCGUUGUCGUCGUUAUCCGUGGCGGUUUAGUUAGAGAUCAUCUUCUUUUUGUUAACGGAAUCAACUCCGUUCCCCGUUGCGUUAAAACUAACCUCUGUAUGUGUGUGUUUGUGUGCUCCAUCCGUACCACACAUGCGCGCCCGAUAUCCUUAAGAUCAGUCCUUCUUUUAAUCGAUUAGAUCGAUUCUCGUCCACUAGCACACACACACACACACACUCUCUCUUUCUCUCUGUCUCUUUCUCCGCUACUUCGAGUUUAAUCGUCAGGCAGUUCUUCGUUCCUUCGUUCACGGUAAAUAUUAUGAAAAAUAAUUUCGAGAUUAUCAUAAAACGAUAAUCCACCACGCUCCUGCGCUCGGACUGCUGUUACUGUCUCCUGCUGGUUAUCCUCCCAUGUUACACACACGCCUUCACACCCCGAACAAGGCGCUAACUACUUCGCUUGAUAAUAGUCUCAUCUGCUUCGCAAGGACACAACGCCGAAUGUUCCUCUUCGUUCGCGGAUUCACCUCCAAUAAAUACACCCGUCCCAAACGUGCGUGUGUGUGCCUAUCUCGUUUGCUUCCCGGGACUUCCUACCGGACCACACAACACAACACACCACAGACAUCUUGGCUUCGUGUAAAAGUGACUGGUUUUGUGUUUCUUAAAUUCAGGUUCAUAUUGUGGUUUACUCUGGCUCAUAACUUCCAUGACGCCGAGAGACCUUCAUCAUCCCUUUUCGCUCAUCAUCAGAGGGGGCUCCCUCUUGAUCACAUAUGUUAAUGCUGUGAACAAUAUACAAGUUUAGUGUGUGUGUGUGUCUUCUCCCUUGUAAUGCACGUGGUGUGUGCGCCAGCCAACCUCCCGCUUGCAGUUUCUUAGCUGAUUAAGGGCUUCCCCUUCCACUCCACUAGCUGCAUCAUGGGUUUCGAGUAAAUGUGAUCUUCUGGUCACCUGCCCGUUGCUUCCAUCACCACACGCACUGCUAAUUGUACUACAAUGGCUUGCUUUUGCUAAAUCAUCUUUCAUCCUCCGGACGGGUUGCUCUACAAAUACGACGCAGGAGGGUAGGAGAGACAGGACGUAACGAAAAAAAACACUCUGUCAUGUGCUCCGGGGGAACUUCCUUUUUCAGAGAGGGUUUUCCCUCAACAGGGAUCAACAGGGAGCUGAUUUGCAGCUUCUUAACAGCGUCCUUAGUUGGUUGUGCCGCAAAAAAAGAAUCUCGUCAGCCGGGCUUCGCCCCCUACUACACCAUUUGAGUAGUGCGAUAUCAAACUCUUCAGGGCCUCUCCAUUAUUACCCUCGUUCUUCGUAUUGUACGCUGUCUUAUCACAGGUGCAAAACCAGGAUGCUUGCUGUUGCUCUGAGAUCAGCUUGGCUUACUUUCCUAAAAGAUCUCCUCAUCUAACGUUAAACAUUGUAGGAACCUUGUCCUCAGUGCUUCUUCGUUGCUUGUCCUUCUCCCCGUUCUAGGGUUUCUCGUCUACCAAGAGAUCUUGCAAUCAAAUCGGACGUCCAAAAGAGUCUUUGCUACCAUAAUAGACCUUGUCGCUACAGCUCCAACUUUGAAGGUACCAUACCAUAUCAUAUGAAUCCCCCCGGGAAACCAUUAGUAGGUAUUGCAAAAUAACACCAACUCAACCAACAACCCUGACUCCAGACCGGACGUCGUAUGAAGUUGAAAACGAUCUUCUCCUCGUGAGUGCGUGUGUGUGUGUGGGGGUAAAAGUUGGUCGUCUACGGCGGUUCCUUCUAUAUCGCUACUACACCUCUCUUACUACUGUAAACCACUCACUUCCGUACGUUGUUUUAAUAAGCUUUGUACGAUGAUUUGCUUCCCCCUAUCCUUCUCCUCUUCACAUACGCCUAGCCCCAUAUCAUCACCUCCCUUAUCUUCGUCCUAAUCCCUCAUCUUCUCCAAGUGUUAUUAUCUUCUCUCCUUCACGUUUUUAUACGUUUUUUUGUUUGUUUCUUUUUUCAUCAUUAUGCUUCUUUAUGUGAGUUAUAUUUAUGUGUGUGUGUUUUUUUGUUUUGUAGACGUUCAUCGACACAAAUAAAACAGGCUGACACUACAGUAGAGAGGGAGAGUAGCAUCAGCUUUCAUUUACUUAUUUGAGUUUACUUCUUUAAGCUUGUGUUUUUGUUUGUGUGUGUGGGGGAUAUAUUUGUAUUAAAUGCUGGGGGGGGGGUCCACGCUUUGUUUUUACAGGUGUGACACGAUGAGGGCUUUGCUCACACUGAGUGUUAAAAACAUCAUCAACCUAAAACGAUAUAAUUGUGUUUGUAAGCACACAUACGUAAGUUCUGCUGCUACACGCUCCUCAGCGGUUGCUAAUAUAAAGGGUUGUUUGUGUGUUAUGUUUUGUUGAUACAGUUGUGAGACGCGCGCGUGUUUUGUGCUUGUGUGCGCCCGUACGAUUACACGUCUCUCUACACACACGCACACAGGCAGAACUAUAAGAAACAGGGCGAAAAUUAAACGUACCGACCUAAGUAUAAAGCAAAUCGCUCACUCACCCAUCCAAAUCCAAAAAUCCGAAAAAUACAAACGCCACCGGAUUGUCGGCCAUGUUUUUUCUCCAUCUUUUCUCCCAUACCACCGCAUCAGAGGACCUUCUCCUUCGGGUGUGCGUCAAACACUACGGCCAAAAGCAACAGAGAUAUACACAUACAGGGGGGGUGUGUUUGUUUGUUUCGUGUUAGGAUUACGUUUUUCUUGUUUUUCUUUUCCGCCAGCUUUCACAAUAAUUCAAAUUAACCACUAUUACAAAAUUCUUCAAUUUCCUCUCAUUUAACUCCAAUCUUCUGCUGCUGCUGCUGCUGCUGUUGCUGC